AGUUCUCCUCCCACCGUCGACGAGACAGGAUCUCCGCUACACCGACGCUUCGACGAGCCAUAUGGCCACAACAGCCGCCGUUCUUUCUUUUAACGUGGGGCCCACUACUCUUUAAAAAUUCCGCCGAAAAAGAGAAGACGAUUUUCUAAAACAUUCUGGCCGUUAUCUCACGGCUCCCCUGUCUCUGCACAGGUGUAUGAGCGCUACCCAGAGGGCCUAGGGGCGGCUCUUUACCGGGAGCACUUCGACUUCAACGCUGAGCCGCCUUGGGAUCCUAGCUGAUAGCGGGACAGGUCCGUCUCCCGACUUGUCCAUUUUGUUGCAUAACCGGCAGGACCCCCCAUUUGGCUCAGUCGUGACCCUCUCGCCGACUCACUCACACCCCUUCUUUAUGAUUUUUGGAUCGCUGGAAUACGGUUAAGAUGAAAGGACUCGCAGACCGACCCGCCGGCUACACGGUCGAGCUGCUCUCGGGCGGCGCCACCCUCGACGACGUCAUCGACGAGCGCAUCUGCGAGCAAGCUCUGGCGGAGAAGAGCGCCUUCAUGGUGGGCGACCUGGGCGCUCUGAUGCGCCAGCACGCACGCUGGCAGAGCGCCGCGCCACGGCUGCAACCGUACUUCCCGCUCCGCUGCAACCGCAGCCCGGCGGUCGUCGAGCUGCUCGCCUCCCUGGGCCUGGGCUUCGUCUGCGCCAGCAAAGUCGAAGUCAGUCUGGCGCUUGAGCGCGGGGUGCCGCCCGACAACAUCAUCCUGUCGGGCGUCUGCAAGCAGUUGGCGCUCGUCAAGGCCGCCGCCAAGCACGGCGUGUGCCACCUCGUCUGCGAGAACGAGGCCGAGCUGGCCAAGAUUGCGCGCCUCCAACCGCGUGCCAAGUUGUUGCUGCAGCUGAGGACAGAGGCCCACAUGGCCGAGACCAGCGUGGCCUUCGGCGCGUCUCUGAAGAGCUGCCGCCACCUGCUGGAGGCGGCCAAGGAGCUCGGCGUGCUGGUGGUGGGCGUGGCCUUCCAUGUGCCAACCUCCUGCCAGGACCCGCAGCGGGCCUACAGCCACGCGCUUGCCGACGCCCGCUGUGUCUUCGACAUGGGGGCCGACCUGGGCUUCGACAUGAACAUCCUGGACGUCGGCGGUGGAUUCAACGGCUCGGAGUUCCAACUCAAACAGGUGGAAUCUGCCCUCAGCCCGCUGCUGGACACUUACUUCCCGCCGCUGUCCGGCGUGCACGUGCUGGCCCAGCCGGGCUCCUUCUACGUGGCGUCGGCCUUCAGCCUGGCCGUCAACGUGAUCGCCAAGGAGGCGGUGACCCGCCGCUGGGACGGCUUAGCUCCAGGUGAGAACGGCGAGGACGCGGAGUUCCUGUACUACAUGAACGAGGGCGUUUAUGGCCUGUUUGGCGUCAAGCUCCUGGGGAACGCCAUCGCCGUGCCAGCGGUGCACAAGCGCGCGCCGUGCGCCGACGCAGCAGUGUGCCCCAGCAGCCUGCGGGGUCCCACGCUGGACCAGCUGGACCUGGUGGUGGAGCGCUGCCUCCUGCCCGAGCUCAGCGUGGGCGACUGGCUGCUCUUCGCCAACAUGGGCGCCUGCGGCCUGGACGACCACGCCGGCGGCACGUGCGCCUCGCCGCAACCGCCGGUCUACUACGCUGCCGCCGCCUCGGACUGGUAUGAAAUGCAGGAGGGGGGCAUGACGCUGGACGGCGCCGUCAAGACCUUCUCCUUCGUGUAGUACCCCAAAAAUUGCCCCAAGCGUCUUGCUGUGGUCAACAUUCCAGCCAGCGUUUUAUUACAAGAUACCCCCCCCCCCCUUUUCUUUUUUUGCUCUGUCAUUUCAAAUCAAUCCUGCCCAAGUGAUGUUAUGCAACAAAAUGGACGACUCCGGAGAUGGAACCCUCCCCCUACCGGCCACACUAACCCAGCAGUGGGGGGGCGGGAGUUUGCGCUCUUUAUUAUUGUCAUAAUAAUAAUCCCUUUGACAAAAUUGCUAAUGAUCUCUAUCGUCGCGUGUGUGUUUGAAGAAUGGACGUACCUCAGACACUAGAAUAGCUGAACAGAAUCUUUUUUUUUUUUUUUCCCUUCUCCUAUUUAUUGGAUCGAGUUGUGGCCACGGCAACAGCUUUAUCCUAGUAAGAUAUUGUCUGGUUUUUUUUCAGUUUCCCUGAAAGGCUUCAUAUGUGCUGUGACUGUCAUUUGUCACCUCAAAAUGGUCACCAAGUCAUCCACUGGCCCAUUUGGACAGCUAUCUUCGUAUUCAAGGCAACCUGCCCCUUUGUCUGUGUUGCAAACAAAAAUAUGUAUUCAUAGUGACUUGCUGUCUAAAAGCACUAAUGGACCACACCCUGUUGUUUUUUUUGGACUGUAAAUUCUGUUUGUUGAAGUAAUGAAAGUGAUUAAUUUAAUACAUUUCUGACUGAAAUCAUU